AUGUUUUUACCAAGAUCUGUUAAAGUGAAGAGAACUGCUGAUGAAAAUACAAGUUGUACCGCUAAGAAAAACAAAUUGUCUUCUGGAGGAUCUUGGCUAGAGGAGACCACCGAGUUUAAGGACUGUAAGUCAUCUGGAACAGGAACUUCUGCUUCAAGAUGUAAUUUGAAUGAAGUUGUACAAGAACACACAGAAACUGUAGCUGAAGAUCUUAGCGUUGCUAGCACAACUUUGGGAAAGGACAACCAAAAUACCGAUGAAGGCAGCUCUUCAGAAGAACCCAUAAAAUCCUUCAGCAAAUCCCAGCGUUGGGCAGAACCUGGAGAACCUGUGUGUGUUGUGUGUGGACGCUAUGGAGAGUACAUCUGUGAUAAAACAGAUGAAGAUAUUUGUAGCUUGGAAUGUAAAGCCAAACACCUUCUACAAACUCAAGAAAAAGAGCUAAAAUCUGAUCAACUCGCAGCGGCAGAAUCUGAGGCAGAAACUCACCUGCUUAAUACACCUUAUUUCUACAAAGAUCAUUCCUUUAUUUUAGGCUUGCGAGACGAGCAGAUUGAGAACCUUAAAUUGCAGCUAGGUAUUGCUGUACAGGGACAGCAAGUUCCAAGACCUGUUGUAGAGUUUGAACACUGUGGUUUUCCUGAAACUUUAAAUCAUAAUUUGAAGAAUUCUGGCUAUGAAGUCCCAACUCCCAUCCAAAUGCAAAUGAUCCCUGUUGGACUAGUAGGGAGGGAUAUUGUGGCUAGUGCAGACACAGGUUCAGGAAAAACAGCAGCGUUUCUACUCCCUGUUAUUAUGAAGGUUUUGAACGAGACAGAAACUCCAUCUGCCCUUAUUUUGGCACCAACAAGGGAGUUGGCAAUUCAGAUAGAGAGACAAGCUAAAGAACUGAUGGCUGGUUUACCAAACAUGAGAACAGUUCUCCUGGUAGGAGGUUUACCACUGCCACCACAGCUUCACCGUCUCAAGCAAAGUGUUAAGGUUAUAAUAGCAACACCUGGAAGACUUCGGGAGAUUUUAAAGCAAAGUUCUGUUCGACUGCAUGGCAUAAAAAUUGUAGUGGUGGAUGAAGUGGAUACCAUGUUAAAAAUGGGUUUCCAGCAGCAAGUGUUGGAUAUUUUGGAAGACAUCUCUCAUGAACAUCAAACCAUACUGGUGUCAGCCACAAUUCCAGUGGGCAUUGAGCACUUAGCAAAUCAACUUCUGCAUGAUUUUGUAAGAAUAACAGUUGGAGAAAAGAACCUGCCAUGUUCCCAUGUCCGCCAAAUUAUCUUGUGGGUAGAAGAGCCAUCUAAAAAGAAAAAGCUGUUUGAAAUACUGAAUGAUAAGAAACUCUUCAAGCCUCCAGUGUUGGUCUUUGUGGACUGUAAGCUAGGAGCAGAUCUGUUGAGUGAUGCUGUUCAUAAGAUUACAGGAUUGCAAUGUACAGCUAUGCAUUCUGAAAAGUCUCAGGGGGAAAGAACAGAAAUACUACAGGGGUUACUUCAAGAGAAGUAUGAAGUUAUAGUAAGUACUGGAGUCCUUGGACGAGGGCUUGACCUUGUCAAUGUUGAACUAGUAGUAAAUUUCGAUAUGCCUUCAAGUAUGGAUGAAUAUGUACAUCAGGUUGGAAGAGCAGGGAGAUUGGGUCACAGUGGAACUGCAAUUACUUUUAUCAAUAACAACAGCAAGAAGCUCUUUUGGGAUGUUGUGAAGAGAGUAAAACCAACAGGCACCAUUCUUCCCCCACAGCUGCUUAAUUCCCCUUAUCUUCAUGACCAAAAGAGAAGGGAACAACAGAGACUUAAACAUUUACAGAAUAGCCUUGUAACGGGAGAUAAUAUUAUGGACAUUAUUAAAAAGCACGACAAAAAUAAUUCUCAGAGGUAAUGUAUAGUUAUGUAAUUAUAAUGAAAAUGUGAUUAAAAAGAAACAUGGAAUUCUGAUGCCUUGCAAAUUAUCUUUUUCUAAAAAAAAGUUUAAAUUUUAAGUUUGUAAAGGAGUCUCAUUUUUAUCUUGUCUUUAUUUUGAAAUGCAGACUAUUGUGUGUUUGAAGUACAGUCGUGCCUUGUACAAAUACUGUAUGUAAAACCCUU